AACCUUGUCAUACCGAUGGUAUUUGUAUAUUACGUCCCAUAUCAAUUGGUUGGCUCCACACGUUGUAACUGUAAACCAGUUAGCGUGAACAGGAAGUGGCACAUGGGUAUUGCUGAAGAGUUUGCUGAGGCCUGGUUCAACACCAGUGUGCAUAGAAGACGAAGGGAACAACUUUUGGUGACUGCGACAACGGAACUUCCGUACGUUCUCCUUUCACCUGCAGAAAUAAACAAACAGGAAACCUCUGUUCGAAGGGGAACUUUAAGUGUAGAAAAGCCACAGAUAAUUGUUCCUGGACAGAAUCAACGAAUUGCCGACUUUACGAAACUCGAUGACGAAAAAUUCGAAGACAUUAGGAAUUCACUGAUAUUGGCUCGCUUUGUGAAGUUUCCAAGUGGUCGGUAUCUGCAUCAGUCAUAUCAGUUGGACAUCGUUGAUACUCCCAUCGAAACACUAACUGAGAGUUGGAACCAGAAAUUGGAACAACAACAAGAUCAAACGACAGGAUUGAUUACUACAAGAGUGCCGAGUUGGCGCUUGGCACUUCUUGUAUACGUGGCACAGACAGUUGGAAAAUCCAUGCACAAGGAUUUAGACGCCCUCUUAGAGAAGAUAUUAGGUGUUUCUUUUCAAAGUGAUCCGUCGAGCUUUCCUCCUCGAGGAGGACCUCGUGACUCGGAGUUUUACUUGUCUUAGAGGAAAGCACUCGAAAUUGCAUCUCUCAAAACACAUAAUAGCUUAUAAGUCAUAUUUGUA